AUGAGCAAAGCUCACUCUCCUGAGUUGAAAAAAUUUAUGGACAAGAAAUUAUCAAUGAAAUUAAAUGGUGGCAGACAUGUCCAAGGAAUAUUGCGGGAGUUCGAUCCAUUUAUGAAUCUUGUGAUAGAUGAAUGUGUGGACAUGACAACCAGUGGGCAACAGAAUAUCGGAAUGGUGAUAAUAUGA